AUGUCUGAUCAUACUGUCGGAUUGAUUAACAAAAUACAAGAUGCACUUGUUUCCAUUGGCGGGAACGAAAGCCUUGAUUUGCCACAAAUCAUCACUGUAGGCGAACAAAGCUCAGGUAAAUCAUCUGUACUAGAACAUAUUGUUCAACGCGAUUUUUUGCCUCGAGGCAGUGGUAUUGUCACGCGAAGACCACUUGUAUUACAGCUUAUCACCAGCCAACAAAGCGACGAUCAUGCCGAGUUCUUACACUUGCCAAACCAGAAAUUCUUUGACUUUAGUCAAGUGCGUGCCGAGAUUGCAAAAGAAACAGACCGUGUAGCAGGAACAAGCAAAGGCAUGUCUCGUUCACCUAUUCACCUCAAGAUUUAUGCAAAAAAUGUUCUCAAUUUGACAUUAAUUGAUUUGCCCGGCCUAACAAAGAUCCCUAUAGGCGAUCAGCCUCAUGAUAUUGAUAUUCAGAUCAGAAAAUUAGUACUUGACUAUGUCUCCAAACCAAACAGUUCUAGUAUCAUUCUGGCUGUGACCCCUGCAAACACAGAUUUAGCCAACUCCGAUAGCUUGAAACUAGCCAGACAUGUUGAUCCUGCAGGUCAAAGAACCAUUGGUGUUUUGACCAAGUUAGAUCUUAUGGAUGUCGGCACACAUGCAUUGGAUGUUUUGACAGGAAAAGCAUUUCCAUUAAAGUUUGGGUUUGUGGGACUUGUGAAUCGAAGUCAGCAAGAUAUUGUCACCAACAAGACAAUGGAGGAAGCCAUCAAAUCAGAGCAACUAUUCUUUCGAAGCCACCCUUCUUAUCAAAGUAUUGCUGAAAAAUGUGGUUCUUUGUAUCUCUCAAAGCAAUUGAACACAAUUCUUGUGAGCCAUAUUCGACAAAAACUGCCUGAUCUUCGAUCUAAACUGAGUUCUAUUAUUGGCCAAACUCAGCAUGAAUUGUCACAAUAUGGUGAUCCUGCAUUCAAUGGAUCUAUGCAUCAAGGAACCUUGAUACUCAAACUACUGACUAUGUUUUCAAACGAGUUUAUUUCAUCUAUUGAAGGCACAUCCAACAUUUCAACAAAAGAGUUGUCUGGAGGAGCACGUAUUUAUUUUAUAUUCAAUUCAAUCUUUGGACAUGCACUUGACAGUAUACACCCUUGUUCCAAUCUAACAAAUGACGACAUUCGUACAGCUAUCCGAAACUGCACAGGACCUCGUUGCUCGCUAUUUGUACCAGAAGCGGCAUUUGAUUUAUUGGUGAGACCGCAAAUUAAGUUAUUAGAAGCACCUAGUUUGCGUUGUGUAGAUUUGGCUUUUGAAGAACUCUCCAAGAUUUGUCAUACGUGCGGCAAUAAGGAGAUUACACGAUUUCCCCAGUUACACACACAGUUGGUGGAAGUCGUUUCCAAUCUACUUCAAGAAAGAUUAACACCUACCUCUAACUAUAUCGAGAACCUGAUUACUAUUGAAUGUGCUUAUAUCAAUACAAAUCAUCCUGACUUUCCUGGUGCUUCAGGUGCCAUCAUGGAAUUACAAAAGAGACAUAAGGAAGAAGAAAAGGCAGAGAAAAAACGAAUUGUGCGUCAGCAAUUAACGAACCAUCAUUCUGAGGUCAAGACAACUCGCUCCAUGUCUAUCAGCUCCAUGGCUUCUUCCUCUACUUUGUCAGUAGAAUUAGAUGAUGAAAUCAAGGUCAAACAUACAAACAAAAACGACAAGGAAGUUGAACUAAUUCGUUAUUUAAUUACUUGUUAUUUCAAUAUUGUUCGGAAGUCUAUUCAAGAUUUAGUCCCUAAAGUCAUUAUGCAUUUAUUAGUCAACUUUACAAAAGAGAGUGUACAAAAUCGACUUGUGUCUACACUCUAUCGAGACGAACUCUUUCCAGAACUAUUGGAAGAAGAUCCUGCUAUUGCUUCAGAAAGAGAAAGAUGCAAAACCAUGUUGGAAGUCUACAAGAACGUAUUUGCGCUCAUUAGUGAAGCCAUGUAG